ACUCAUCAAGAGGAUCCUUAGCACAAAAUGGAAAGAGGAGAAGAAAAUACAGUAAAGUUAGAUAAAUGGGGUUACCCUGUUAGAACUUCCUCUGAUGCUUGCAUUGAUGCCAUUAAUUCUUACUAUAUACAGUUUCUUAGUCGUGGGAGAAAAACAUCAGUGAUACUUAAAGCAGUAACUGAUGACGAAAGCUGUGUUCUUGCUAAUACUUUAGCUGCUUAUGAAUCCUAUCAACUCAACCUUUCAAAAAGUCAAGCCUAUCUCUCGUCUGCUAAAUCUCAACUAAAAUAUGCUACACCGUAUGAAAAGGCGGUAUUUCUUGCUAUUUCACGCUUGGUUGGUGAAGACAGAGAUGACGAAUCCGCAUAUUUUCUGCACUCAGCGUUAUUGGCACAGUUUCCUAAAGACUUGGCAUCUUUGAAAAGGGGACAUGAUCUGUGCUUUUUCAUGGGACAACCUGAUAAGUGUUUGAGUCUCGUUAAGCAGGUUUUACCACAAAAUGAAGAAGAGGACUACAUACACGGAAUUUAUUGUUUUGCUUUACUAGAACUUGGGAGAAUGGCUGAAGCUGAAAAAGCUGCAAGGAAGGGAUUGGAAAUCAAUAAGGAUGACAUCUGGUCACAACAUGGUCAUUGCCAUGUUCUUCAGUAUGAAUGCCGCUUCGAGGAGGCAGCGAAGUUCAUGGAGAAGAAUUCACCUUCGUGGGAUGUCUGUUCAUCAUUUAUGUUGACGCACUGUUGGUGGCAUCUUGCCAUUUGUUACUUAGAUGGUAAUUCUCCAAUCUCCAAAGUCCUGAGUAUUUAUGACCUCCAUAUCUGGGGAGAGCUAGAAAAAAGUGACGCUAUAGGCACACAGGUCUAUCUGAAUGCUAUAGGUUUGUUGAUGCGGGUAUGUGUACGCGGUCAUGCUAAUUCAAUGGGGGGCCGCCUGGAGAAAUUGGUGGGACAUCUUACUAACAAAUCUGUCUGGCAUAUUCAGUGGCAUAUGGAUAUUUUAAUAUUAUGGGCCUUAUCUAGCACCAGCAAAAUUACUGAAGCAGAAACUCUACUCAAAGAAAUGAAAUCAAAGAAGACGAAUCCGUCCCUGCAGAAAGGAAUCCAGCUUUCAGAAGGCUUACUUGAGUUUGGGCAAGGAAAUCAUGAAAAGGCCUUUAAAUUGCUUGGUCCAGAUUUUGAAACCGCUGAAUACAAGGUUAUUGGGGCAUCAGAUGAACAACUUGAUGUAUUUAACGAAGUUUGGUACUCUGUUCUGUUGAACACUGGACGAUACCAGAUAGCAAUCAACCAAAUCCAGAAGCAGAUUGAUAAGACCAAAGGGGUUCCUUUCUUGUGGCGUUUGCUGGAGAGAGGUUAUUUUCUGGCAGGAAGAGAAGUAACAGAAAAGGCCAGAGUUUUGGAGUCUGCUGUUUCUCACAGCUGGUAUGAGAAAUCCCAAAGGAAGAGAACCUUUACCGAACAUUGAUGUUAUCCUAGUGAUGCAGAUGACCAAGCAAUAGCCUAUUUGGAGGCUAAAAGCCCGAGUAUCGUAAUUCAGCUCAAGACAGACCUGUUUUGAUGGAAAAUGGGCAACGAUCAAGACAUGUCACUUUGUUGCCGUUUUAAGAGCGUUUCCCUUUGCUAAGAUCUUAUUAAUUAGGAGUAUGUUUGAGUCGUUGUUUGUGGUCCGUAGUUUCUUUUCAUAAGUACUUUAAUUAUUUAUAAAAAUCUCAAA